AUGGUAGAACCAAAUACCACCGAGCGAAAAUACAUUCUCGCAUCAUGGACGACCUUAACAAUCCCUCUCUCUAUAACUAUUGAGAAACCAAAGACAACCGAUGGCAAGAAAUGGCUCUCAAUAAUGAGACCCACGAGAAGACAACAGCAACCCGGAUUCUUCCAUGGGCUAUGGGGAAGAGUGAUUGAAUCCCCCGAAACCGUCUGGUUCAUUACAGGCUGGACGUCUGCCGAGUCCCUCUCGGCUUUCGAAGCCUCACCAGCAGCGGCCACCCAGUUUCAACGACUGGCCGCAAUCAGCACAUUGCCACCAAGCACCGUGCAUGUUAACUUCACCGGCUUCUGGUGGGACCGCGUCACAGCCUUCACUGGGGUGAUGGAUGCCCACUUCAGCCCCGUCCUUUCACCAGCGGUCCGUCUCGAGAUUGAAGACCUCCGAAGUCUAGUCUACUUCUUGAGCCCCGGCCCGACUGAACCCAAAGCGAUGAAUGGCAGGGGAGUUCGGGGGUUCAUCCAAGAAGAAGAAGGAGGGGAGGUAGUUAUGCGGUUCAUUGAUUUCUGGAAUGAUGAAGAAAGGGAGAAAGACUUCAAGAAGAGCGCGGGGGUGAUGUUGGAUGGGAAGUGGGAAGGUGUUUGGGAACACCUUUUAAGAGGGCUCAGAGAGAGGCGGAUGGUUAAGUUUAUAGAGAGACACUGUGCGUUUGAACAUUUUCCGACGCAUUUCUUUGGGACGGAGGAGAGCGAUUUGUCUUUAUGGGAAUAG